AUGAGUGAAAAACUAGAUUUGAUUUUGUUUGGUGUUACCGGUCUUGUUGGUCGAUAUGGUGUCCGCUAUCUAUAUAACUUAUGCAAAGAGAAGAACUUAACAUGGGGAGUUGCCGGAAGAAGCGAAUACAAAAUAAAGAAAGUCUUGGAAAAACUAGAGGAUGAAACCGAAGACAAAUCUGUGGUGAAAAUACCAAUUAUUCUCGCUGAUAUGAGCGAUGAGCAGUCCAUAAAGCAAAUGACUUCAAGAUGUAAAGUCUUAAUACAAUCCUGUGGACCGUUAAGAAAAAUGAGAGAGGUCGUCUUGAAAGCCUGCAUACAAUCCAGAACUCACUACGUUGAUGUGACUGCUGAAGAGAAAUACAUCGACAAAAUCCAAAUUAAAUACCAUGAAGAAGCCAAGAAAGCCGGAAUAUACGUUGUGUGUGCUUGCGGCAUUGACAGUGUAACCUACGACCUUGGCUUAUUACACAUACAGAAAAAAUUCAAAGGAACAGUGAACUCCGUUGAGACCUACAUGAAAACGGACAGGAACAACCCUAACAUACCUGAGCCGAGCUGCAGUGUGUCCACCUGGAACUCUUUAAUCGAUCUUUUGGUGAACAAACACGAACUCAAAGCUUUGCAAGCAAAAAUAUUCAACAAAAAUAUGCCCAAAUUGAAACCAACUCUUGUGACUAAAUACUGUCCAUUCAAACCUUACGUUGAAGAUGGCUGGUCAAUUCUUUCAACUGGUUCAGACAGGUCAGUGAUGAUGAGAACCCAACAGUAUUUGUAUGAAGAAAAGAACCUUCGCCCAGUCCAAAUACAAACCUAUUUCAUGUUGAAGGCUCUUUAUUAUUUGAUAUUCUAUAUGAUAUUUGGCCUCAUGUUCCUCAUAUUCUUACCUUUCAAGGCAGGAAGAAAGCUUUUACUAAGGUACCCAGCAUUUUUCAGUGCUGGCGUCUUUAGUAGCAGAGAACCUUCCGAAGAAAUGUGUGAGAAUUCUAACUUCAGACUUACCUUCGUAGCCAAAGGAUGGAAAAAUAAAACUGUGGGACCUGAUGAGAAAAUCAAUGAGAAACCCAAUCAUGGUAUGAUAUUCCAAGUUAAGGGAAACAAUCCGAGAUAUGGAUCUACUGCCCUCUGUUUGAUUAUGUCAGGAAUAUUAUUGUCAACACAGUCAGACAAAUUACCAAGUAAACCUGGUGUUUACACCCCAGGUAUAGCUUUUGGAGAAACCACUAUUGUACAGGAUCUUCACAAGCGUGGAUUAACUUUUGAUAUCCUCACCGAAUAUACCAUUACCUCAUAA